GCUCGCGCUCGCCCGCAGCAGGCUGGCGCUGGCCCAGAGGCUCGCGGCGGAGCGCGGAGGGGGCGACCCCGACGGGCUCGUGGCAGGCUCGCAGCGGCGCUUGGCCCUGCUCGAGUCCCGGUGGGACCUGGCGAGGAGCGGUCUCGGUCUCUUCGACGGCGUGCUGGUGGAGCUUGGCCCCGCCGAGUGCGCCGAGUGCCUCUACUAGCGCGGUGGCGGACUACGCGCCCGCGUCGCUGCUGUGGCCGCGCGGGCCGGAUGCGGCGCCCGCCGCUCUGGCCGACGCGGCGCGCGCCCUGGGAGAGGAAGGCGUGCACCGCGUCGUGGACGACAUCUGCAACCGGCACGGGGUGGCGCCCAAG